UAUGGCAGCUCUAUUACAUUACAUUGUUUUUCUAUCAGCUCUUGUCCAAGGAUCAGAGUCCAGCACCGAGACUCUGAAACUGUUUGUGCUGAAGGGACAAAAUGUUCGUCUGGAUGUCCAGGGAUAUGCUAAACUAAAAUAUAUUGAUGAUUUAAAGUGGACGUUUAACAAAUCUCACAAUUUAGUAAAAUACUUCAAAGAAACAUCAAAAGUGAAAGCAUUUCCUAAAUACCAAGGCAGGGUUGAGUUUAGUGAGGGAAACUUCUCUCUGCUACUGAAGAACCUACAGGAAGGAGACAGUGGACUUUACCAUGCAGUAGUGAGUGGUGAAGAAUACACAGAUGUUGCCAAGUACCAGAUAUCAGUUCAUGAGAGAGUUGAGCCACCAGUACUGACAGUGGACUCUGUCUGCUCCAUCAAUGGCACCUGUAAUGUGACUGUGACCUGCAGAGGCCAGAACAGCUCUGUCACCUCCAGCUGUAACAACAGCACCUGCUCUCAGGUGGGAGGAGAGAGUAGAGGGGCUGAGACCUCCACUGUCCCCCUGCUCUCUGUCUAUGUGGCAGGGGGUUCCAUCAUCUGUAACCACAGCAACCAAGUCAGCUGGGCCAAAGACACCAAGCAGAUAGUGGAACUCUGUCCAAUGACAUCUGGUGCUGAGUUUGUGGAUGAACACAGGCACCAGCUCAUUCAGAGGGUCACCAUGGUGAUGCCUAUAGCUGAUGAGCUGCUCUCUGAAGGCAUGAUCCAUAACGAGCUGUACUCUAACAUCAGCGCUGCCAGAACUGAUGAGGACAAAAUGAGGCAGCUCUUUAAAGCCCUCCACUCUGGAGGAAACAACGUGAAAUCUGCCUUUCUCUCCAUGCUGAGGGAGAAUGAUCCUCAUCUGGUCCAGGACUUGGAACGCCACGUCAAACAAAGAGGUGGACAAGAGGACAGAAGCACAAUAACCAAGAAAUACAAGAACGUCAUCGAAGGUGAAUAUGCCACAGUGCAGGAGUACAACUCUCUCUCUGGAGAGCACGUGAAGUUGGAUGACCGCUACACUGAGCCCCUGAUCAUCCAGAAACACCGUCAGCAGAGAGAGAGAGAGAGAGAGGAGGAGAUCCACUCCAGAGGACAGAACUUUUAUCAAGUCAUGGGCCAGAGGGACAGCAAGGCCUACAAGAGCACCAAAGUGGAGAGGCUGUUUGACCCAGACGAGCAUGGAGACAUUCAGAGAACUGUUAUACUGCAGGGCCACUCUGGGACAGGCAAGUCCUUUACCACACAGAAGAUCAUGUCUGACUGGGCGCGUGAGAGACUUUAUCAAGACCGAUUUGACUUUGUUUUUCACCUGAGGUGCAAAGAGCUAAACCAGGUCACUGGAAAUAAAAGUGUGAUGGAUCUGCUGAACUAUGAUCAGAGUUUAUCAUCAAUGAUCAAGCAGGUCCUUCGCCAGUCUCCUGAGAGGGUUCUCUUCCUGGUAGACGGCUUUGAUGAGCUCAAAUUCCCUCUUGAUGUACCGAAAGACUCCCUUCCCAGGGACCCGUGGACACAGUGCUCCCCCGAAGAGACACUGAGUGGCCUGAUACGAAAGCAGAUCUUACCCGAGUCCUUCCUGCUUGUCACCACCAGGUCCACAGCGCUGGACAAACUGAAUGGAGUGGUCAAAAAUCCAGUGAGAUAUGCUGAGAUAGUGGGCUUUUCUAAAGAAGGGGUGGAGGAAUACUUCCAGAGAUUCUUCAAGAAUGAGCAACACUCACAGCAAGCCUAUGACACUGUGAGAAAAAAUUAAACACUUUUCACCGCAUGUUUCAUUCCAGUCAUCUGCUGGAUCAUUUGCACAGUUUAUAGGGAGCAGUUUGAAGAAGGCACAGAGAUGAUCCAAUCGCUGGAGACCACCACCUCCAUCUUUGUUGAAUUUGUUGCCACUCUGUUGAAGCAUCACAGUCAGGAUAUGGGUCAGUCAGCUCUUACUAUCCUCCAAGGACUUGGCAAGCUGGCAGAAAAGGGAAUGGAAGAGCAGCAAGUCUUAUUUGACCACGAUAGUGUCUCACAGACAGUGUCAGAUCCUUCCAAAGUCCCCUUCUUGUGUAAGUUUCUCCAAAAGAAGAGAGUGAGUCAGAACACUAUGUACAGCUUCAUGCACCUCAGCUUCCAGGAGUUUUUCACAGCCCUCUCGUACAUGUUACUGGGUGAUGAGGAAGCUCAGGGGAUAGUUAGAGAGCUACUUUGUAAGGUUCGACGUGGAAAAGAAAACAGUCACCUGCUACCCAUAGUUCAAUUUCUCUUUGGCAUCGCAAACAAAGAAGUGGGAAAACGACUCGAGGAUAAAAAAUACAUAUCUUGCUCUCAAGGAAUCAGGACCCAGCUCAAACAUUUUAUUCUGGAAGUCAUUGAAGAAGAAAAGGAGGAUCGAAACGCUAUUGAUUAUCACAUUUCAUCAAUGUGGCUUUUUGCGUUUCAUUGUCUAUAUGAGCUACAUGUAGAUGAUUUUGUUGGGAAAGCCAUGAAUACAUACACAGAAUUUAAUCUGACCCACAUUCCCCUGACAAACACAGACUGUUGGGUGCUGAACUACUGUUUUCAGCACUGCAAGUGCAUCCAAAGACUUAUUCUCAACUGGUGCAACUUAACUGCAGAGAAGAUAAAAAUCCUUCUGCCAGUAUUGGAAAAAUGUAAAUAUCUCGAGUGAGUAUAUUUGCAUUUCCCUUUCUCACCCUAGAACAAGGCUGAUUUUUAUACAUAACAUAAUAUAUUCACCACUAUUCCAAAAGUUUGGGAUCACUUAGAAAUGUCCUUGUUUUCGAA